CUGUCUAGAUAUUACGCACCUUGUAUUCAUCGCGAUUUAGGAGGGUCGUUCAGGAUGGCACUAGGGUACUGCGGUAGCGUUUGGCCGCAUGUCUUUUAAAACCAUACGAACGUUGACCACGUUCCUUACAGCCAUAUUUCAGGCGUCUCAUCCAUCGGAAACUGACUCGACGAUUGACAUUCGCCUGCAGAUUGCCGAGCCGCAUCCAACAAAUCAACUCGAGGUAAACUCGUUUCAGGAAUUAAUUGGUAGUCACCUGCUAGAAGGGUUUGGCGAGCGUCAGAACCAAAUACGGAUCCCGCGGGUCAUACAAUACAUUCACAUAUUACUUCAGUGAGUUAGAGAACGAGCGUCAGGGCCCCUGCAAACUCUAUGCAGUUUUGGAGUGAAAUAAUAACAGAGGCGGUGUCAGUGGCGAUCCGCGCCAAAGUCUAUUAUUGUGGUUAAAGAAAGUUAGAAGGUGGCAG